AUUAUUCAGUAAGUCACAUGAUGCCCGUCAAUCACCUGCAGCGUUGUUGUGCUGUGCCCGCCGCCAUAAUAGCCGUACGUCGGACUGACGCUAGACUGACAAUUCAAGAGCGGGUUGCCUCAAAACAGCUACUCCAGAUUCCUUGGCACCAUGCAACACUCUUCUGCUGGGGUUGAGGUUUCAACCCCAGAUGUAUCACAUAUGGUGACACAAGAUGCAGCAAAAGAAGAGAGUAAACCAUCAGCACAAGGAGUGAGCCAAGUAGUGACAAGUGCCUCAGCAGCUGCGGUGACGGAGGAUAUUCAGGCUCAACUUGAAAAGGACAAGAGACUCAUCUAUGGGCACCCUCUUUUUCCUCUGAUGGCUCAAUUAUUUGAGAAGUGUGAGCAAGCCACCCAGAGCACUGAUCCCCCAACCUCAGCAAGCUUUGAUGUGGACAUUGAAGAGUUUGUACAUCAGCAAGAUAGAACGGGCAAACCAUUCUUCAGUAAUGAUCCUGAAAUAGACAACCUGAUGGUGAAGGCAAUUCAGGUAUUACGCAUACACCUGCUUGAACUAGAGAAGGUCAAUGAACUGUGUAAAGACUUCUGCCAUCGUUAUAUAACGUGUCUCAAGGGGAAGAUGCAUAGCGACAUUUUACUUCGAGAUGACCGACAACCUGGAACAACAUUCUCUACAAGUCAAUUAUCACAGGAAGGUCAAGGGUCAUCACAGGGGCCAGAAAUGACCCCGCCUCAUCCAGUCACUCAACAGGUACACAUUCAGGUUCAGGCAUCUCCUCAGCAUGUACAUCCAGCUACAGCUGCAUCAGUAGCAGGUGGCACAUACAUCAUCCAACAACCAAAUACACAGUCAGUUCAAUCUGGCUCAACACAGCUUCAACAGGCACAGUUUCAAACAGUGCUGAACCAAGCAGGCCAAGUAGUCUAUGCUCCAGUCAUUCCACAGGGAGUAAUGGCACAACAAGGACUAGUCACCCAGGCUAUUCCAGGAACUGUGCAGUUACAGAGUACCCCCCAGCAGGGAGUAGGUGCUCAGUCAGUUGUGCCUGUCAUCCAUGGGUCUACUCCAAUAUCACAUAUAGGCAUUCCAUCAUCAGAACAGCAGAAUAUUACAUCAUUAUCAUACGCUGCCACAACGCCCACGAUAACCAGUGCAGGUGAUGACUAUGAUGAUAUGAAUGAACUUUUAAAUAAGAGAAAACCAAAGAGAGGUGUUCUUCCCAAGCAUGCCACCAACAUCAUGAGGUCAUGGCUCUUCCAACAUAUCGUGCAUCCGUAUCCAACAGAAGACGAGAAACGAAUGAUUGCAGCACAGACAAAUUUAACCUUACUACAAGUCAAUAACUGGUUUAUUAAUGCAAGGAGGAGAAUAUUGCAGCCUAUGUUAGAUGCUAGUAAUCCAGACCCCAGUACCAAGACAAAGAAAGUCAAGACACAGAGUCGACCUUCCACACAACGUUUUUGGCCAGAGUCAUUAGCCAACCUAGGUUCACCCAAUACAACGAGACCUAGUGGUGACACUGCAGCUUCAACAGAACUUGCAUCAUCGGUUCCAGUAGAACAGAUCACUUUAUCAGGGGAAACACUCUCAUCAAUGGUACGGGUACAUCAUUCCUCAUCCUCCUCGCCCCAGCUAGACGGUAUGUCAAAUGGAGAAGGAGGUCCCCUUACAGAAGAUGGAGACAAUGGCUCAGAAUUAUCCUCCAAUGAUGGUGUCAUGGGAUUAGACAGUGAUGAAGAGUCCUCAUAAAGGAACAGUCAGAUUGGUUUCUGCUAUUUCAUGAAGUGAUGGAUUGGGCUGUUAUGAGCAUUGCUGCUUCACUCUUCACAGUCUUGGUGGUGACACUGUUGGUCCAGAUUUGUGGAUAGCGGUAAGGAAAUACAUGCUGCUCUGCUUGACAUGGAUUCAGUCAGGUAUCAAAAGCUUCAGUGUCAACUUUUUAAGGUUUGAACUACAGCAAAUAGUGUCUUUUUGUAUUGGAUAUUGAAGUGACUUUGUCGAUAGUGUUAAAUUAAUAUGAAAUUUUGGCAGAUAACAAUAAGACAUCUUAGAAACUGAAGUGAAAGAGAUUGCAGGGCCAGGUGUCUGUUUUGGAUGGUACAUGAUUCCAGACACCAUAUGCACUCCUAUGGCAAUGGGUUCUUUGUUACUGGUCUGUUAAAGUUCCAGAUUUGUUAACCUGCUGCACUGCUACAUCGAUGGCACUGUAACAAAUGCCGCAAUAACCAACACUAAUGUGCUGAUCAUUUGGCAAUGAAUUUAUCUACAAGAAAAAUUGCUGAGCAGCGAUAACCAACUAUCGCUAUAACAACCAACCAGUAUACCUAACAAUCUCUUGUGAACACCAGUUUGUUUUAGUAACAUUGCAUACACAGAUAUGCAAGAAGGUAUAAACUACAUGUAUCACUACGUACGUAUUGUUGUUUGUAUGACACUCAUGUCUGCAGUCCAAAUCUUGAACAUCAGUUUCUGAGUACAUGUACAUUCAAUCUAUGUCAAAAUAUUCUGUCAAUUUAACUGCACUUCUGUAAGCAUCGUUAAUAUAGGGAGUCAAAAAACUAGGGAAAAAAAGUCUUGAUUCUACCAGAUAUGCUGUUGAGGAACAUGCAUGUAUUAAAAUGGACCUGAAGACCCUAUAAUGCAGACACAUGUCGGGCUCGUUACUGCAAUCUGCCCAAAGGUCUCAAGUCCUCAAGUCUGCUGCUGCUCCACAAGUCUGUAGCUGCUUGCUUUGAGUGAGUUCAACAUCAAGUACAAAUAUAUCUUGGGCAAAUAUUGAGUAUUGACACACACGUGUAUACCUCAUGAUUCAAUCAAUGUUCUGCAUAUUUAUGGAAAGAAUGGCUUAACUACACUGCAGACCACUGUAAAGCAGAAAUUGAUAAUGUGUGGAGAAUUCAAACUUUUAAUGACUAAAUUGAAUAAAAAACAUCCAGACACAAGUACAAUAAAAGACAAAGAUAAAUUGUAGGUUCUUUUUUGGUCUCAUUUAUAAAUGUCCUUUGUAAUAGGCUCUGUGGCUGCACUGUAAUUGUCAUUCUAAAACAAACCCCCUAUUUUUUUUCUUCAAAAAGGUGAUAUUCAAUGCAUUCUAGGUGUUAGAAAUAUGAUAAAUACACAGUACUACCAAAUCUACGAAGUUUUGUAAAAAAAUAAAAGAAAAAAACAAUAAAAAAGAGCCCAAUCCUUGUAGAAUAAAUACCCGAAAGCACUGAACAAUAUUUAACAAUAAAUAAUUUUACCAAUUACUCUUGUCUUUGUUUUAUGCAUUAAUUAUUUCAUACGUUCUGCCAAAUUUGUUUUGUUGACUGAUUUUCAUUCACAGAAUUUGACAAUACUUGUAACUUGUGAUUACAGAAAGGAAUAGUAACAAACCAACAGAUGUAAAACUCACACUUAUGGGCGUGGUGAAUUGGUUGUCACAUAUUGCAGGUGGUUACAUUGCACCUAAACCACCUGGCCUUGCAUUACUGUUCACCAUACUACAUUUCAUGGGUUGUCUUUGUGUUUCAGGUUUGAAAACUUUUCUUUCAAAACAUUUAGACUAAACCAAAAUGAGAAAAAACCAAGUGCAUUAUUAAGUGCAAGUCAAAAUCACAUGCAUUAGCCAUGCCACAAUGAAUACAUAUCAUUUGUUAUGGGCUUAAUCCUUGAAAUACUGCCAGAGCCUGGGCAGGACUUGAGGUGAUUUACAAAGCCAAAAACUCAGUUUAUAUGAACAUUUUUGGCAAUAUUAACGCCUUGUUUGGUCUGAGGACCACCUGUGCUGGUCUUAUAGUCUUGACAUUGCCUGUCUAUUUUCAGUACAUGUAAUGCACCAAAGAACUAUCAAGGCUUUGGUUGUCUUACAACUGUUAAACUCUAUUUCAACAGUGAUUAUUUUGGGGGUUCUUGGUUGUGUCACGAUAGUUGUUUUAUUUCCUUCAUUUCUGAUAUAGUUGAUCAUAUUUUCAUUAAAGGAAACAUACUGCAAAGUGU